AUGAGGCGUGCGCCGGCGGUAGAGCGCCUUUCCGAGCUGGGCUUUCCCCCGCGGUGCGGGCGCCAGGAGCCGCCUUUUCCGCUGGGUGUCACUCGGGGGUGGGGGAGAUGGCCCAUUCAAAAGCGCCGCGAGGGGGCCCGGCCAGUGGCCUUCAGUGAGCGCUCGCAAGAGGACGGCAGAGGCCCGGAGGCUCGCAGCUCCGGGACCUUGUGGCGCAUCAGGACGCGGCUGCCCGCUUGCCCGGAUCCCGAGCCGCCGCCGCUCUGCUUCCUGCGUGUUAGCCUCCUCUGCGCGCUCCGGGCGGGCGGCCGCGGGAGCCGCUGGGGCGAGGACGGCGCGCGGCUGCUGCUGCUGCCCCCGGCCCGGGCGGCUGGAAGUGGAGAGGCCGAGCCGAGCGGCGCCCCUCCCUAUGCCGGGAGAAUGUUGGAGAGCAGUGGCUGCAAAGCGCUGAAGGAGGGUGUGUUGGAGAAGCGCAGCGACGGGUUGCUGCAGCUCUGGAAGAAAAAGUGCUGCAUCCUCACUGAGGAGGGGCUGCUGCUUAUCCCGCCCAAGCAGCUGCAACACCAGCAGCAGCAGCAGCAACAGCCUGGGCAGGGGCCAGCCGAACCGUCCCAACCCGGAGGGCCCGCGGUGGCCAGCCUCGAGCCGCCGGUCAAGCUCAAGGAAUUACACUUUUCCAACAUGAAGACCGUGGACUGCGUGGAGCGCAAGGGCAAGUAUAUGUACUUCACUGUGGUGAUGGCCGAGGGCAAGGAGAUCGACUUUCGGUGCCCGCAGGACCAGGGCUGGAACGCCGAGAUCACGCUGCAGAUGGUGCAGUACAAGAAUCGUCAGGCUAUCCUGGCGGUCAAGUCCACACGUCAGAAGCAGCAGCACCUGGUCCAGCAGCAGCCCCCGCAGCCGCAGCUUCAACCCCAACCCCAGCCUCAACCCCAGGCUCAGCCUCAGCCCCAGCCCCAGUCACAGUCUCAGCCGCAGCCCCAUGCCAAGCCCCAGCCCCAGCCCCAGCCCCAGCAGCUCCACCCGUAUCCGCACCCGCACCCGCACCCACACCAACUACCGCACUCGCACCAACAGCCGCUCUCGCAGCCGCACGGCCACAGGCUUCUCCGCAGCACCUCCAACUCUGCCUGAAGAGGGCAGCACCCGGGCCAGACAAGGUUUUGAGGACUUGAGGAAGUGGGACGAGCACCUUUCUAUUGUCUUCACUUGAAUCGAGAACAAAAGUCUCCCCGCCCCGCACCAGAUCAAGUAGUUUGGACAUCACCCUACUGAUAACUUGAGAUUCCUCUUAGUUUUCCGCAUACUCUUCAUCAUAAUGCAGGAAACGGUUUCAGUCCAGAAGGCUUUAUUUAUGAACCUUUGAAAGGAUCUUCCAGUAUGGUGGACCUUCUAGGAGCAAUGAUGUACUGUAAUUUUAUUUUAAUGUAUUUUGAUUUAUGAUUAUUUAUUAGUUUUUUAAAAAAUGCUUGUUUUAAGACAUUUCUGAAUGUAGGCCAUUUUCCAAAAAAGAAACUUUAUUUUCAAAAACCUAUUCCCUAGUAAAUUCUAAUCUUGGAAAAGAAAAAAAAAGUAGAAGGGUGGUGGAGGGGAAAACAUUAAGAAUUCAUUCAUUAUUCCUAGGGCAUUUUCAGAAGGUCUGACACUUUCAUUGUUAUGCCAGGUGGUUGAAAUUAAACUCUGUGAUAUUACUUCUUUUUUUGAGAUUUUUUUUCUUAGACAUAUAUUUUCUGUAGAAUAGAAGUUUAAAAAGCUAAAUGUUCAGAAUUGUAGAACUAUGAAAAUCUAAUUGCUUUUCUAAAAGGAAAUUUGUAGUAAUGAUGUCUAAUUCCAAAUAUUUAAUACAUAACCCAACUGAUGGCAGGAUGAACAUACCAUGAAUAUAUGGUAGGGCUGGUGUAAUGCAGGAAAAGCCUUGCUUAUAGCAUCCGUUUGAAGGGACUAAUAAGGAGAUUUCUAUGAUU